AUGGCCCAACCAGCAGACUCUGGAAAUGGAGUCCUAUCAAUGACUUCUCCCAUGACCCCUCAUGGCCAACACCGUGGUCACACCCUGAAUUCACUGGUACUGACACGGAGCGUUACAAGCGGUGGCGUCAGCAGCCGUGGUUCAAAGAUGAGCAGCGCUCUUCUAUUGCGACUCUUUCAUCGUGCUUACGGCAAAUGCUGGCCCUGGGGCUACUUCAUCUACCGCACGGUCUACACCCUCGAGUCUGAUCAGAUUGACCGCGUCGAUGGUGAUUGGUAUACUGAGGCCGAGGAUCAGGAUCAUGGCUUUCCUGAGAAGCUUGUCCACGAGUCAUACAAAAAUGUUAUCCUUGAGGACAAGGAACGCUGGGACGCUGCAUCAAUCGAGCAGAUUCGCGAGGAUUUCAAGGCCCUUAUUGCGUCUCGGGCGCUGAGAUAG